AUGAAUCGCUACCAUGGCAUCAAUAGAGCAGCCACUAUUGGGGGCCCUUCGAAGGCAUCUGCUUCGACCAUGUGUCAAAAGUGUCUCAAGAAAGAUAUCUAUGAAUGUAAAGCAAAUGCGCAGGAACGUCCAUAUGUUUCCCGACCCUCUCGAACGCAACAACUCGCCAAUCCUAAACUUAUUCCAAAACUGACAAGUGAUAUACCACAGGAUCUUUUAAAGAAGAAGGGUAUCGCGGAUGAGCAACUUGCGAAACUGGAGAAGGAAAGGGGACGCAAACGUGAGAGACAGAGUGAGGACAUGGAUAUGGGAGCUGCCAAGCGAAGGCGUUCUGCUUCUUCUGCAUCAUCUGUCUCGACAAUAUCUACAAACAUUUCACGUUCACCUUCACGAGAAGCUCGACGUGCACCGGAUGCAUACAGUUCAAGGCCUGUAAGACGGUCACAUUCACCAUCCCGACCAACGUCCAGUCGCUAUAAGCGUAGAACCCCAAGCUUGUCGCCAUCGCCACCACCUCAACAAGAUAUACGGGACUCGGGAAAGAAGCGGAGAAGAGACUCUUUCUCUUCCGUAGACUCAUAUAGUUCUAGAGAUGAACAAGAGAUGAGAAAUUCAAGAGAAAGAGCAAACAGUCGAAGUACCAGAAAGAAGUUCAACGAUCGAAGCCCUAAUGCGCGUGGGAGAAGAACUGAAAGUCGAAGCCCAUAUAGAGGCAGAAGAGGGCUUUCAAAUGAUAGAAGACGAAUUGAUGAGCCUCAGAUCAAGCAAGAGCGUAGGGAGUCGUUCGCGUCCGCUGAACCCCAUGCCCCACCUCCAAAAAGAGAGAGGAGUAUGAGCCCUUUUAGUAAGAGAUUGGAACUCACACAGGCAAUGAAUACGGGCCGAUGA